GAGAACGGCAGAGCUUGUGUUCUGCUGCAGUGUUGACGCUGCAUUUUUUGGGUGCAGCCGAAGUUUUACGGUUGACCUUCAUGCGUGGCACACUCGUACCCUCCUAACCGCUGUCCUCUCUAAAGUGUUCUCUGGGCUCUUAGUGCAGGAAUUCAGAACCGCAGUCCAAAGCCUGGCCCGGUCACACAGGAACAGGAACUUGGCUACUUCCUAGAGACUGGACUUCAGAGGGCUCAUGUUAUUCAUUUCAAAAAUGGACAUGUGCUACAGUGAGUGGUCUAGGAACCUGCUGAGCUUUUUGUUUGCCAACUAACUCCCUGUCUGUCUUUGUGCCUUUUUUUGUUUGUUUGUUUCAAAUGCCUCAUUAACCUCAUCAGCCUGUGUAUGUCUGUGCGUCUCAUGUUAUUUAUGUGUGUUUUGAUGCCACACUCUCCCCCUGCACCACGGCCUCUGCACCAUGGAGAUGUGUGUUUGACGACUACUCGUACGUAUACCUACACGUUCUUCAUGUAGAGUAGUGCCUUGCUUUUAUUGUAGGAGCUUCACACAGAAGCCAAAACCUAGUGAGCUGCCUAUAUAAGCAGUCUUUUAAGGCAGCAUAGGCACGCUCUCAACAUGAAGGCUGCAUCAUUACGCUGCAUUCAGAAAUUUUUGGCUAAAUUUUAAGAUGGCAUUGUAUGUAUCCUUAAUGGAUAAGAAAAUCCCAGAAUGAUUGAAACAAAUGAAAAAAAAAAAAAAACUGUCCAAGAUGGACAAUGCAAGAUAUGAUUAUAAAUACUUAUUUGUUCAAAGCCAAAAAGUAUCAAUAAAUUAGUCAAAAUAAAGCUAUUAAGUCUAAUGAAAUAUAAUGGAAAUAAAAUAUAUUAAUAAAUAUUACAAUAGAAUAUACACUACUGUUCUAAAGUUUGUGUGCGUUUAUGGCUUCGUCAAGAUUUUUUGGAGGGGAAAAAACAGUACGAAAUUUUAUAAUGUUACAAAGUAUUGUAUGUAUUUGGCAUACAGUCAAACCAAAAAUUAUUCAGACACUAGAUAUAUUUUUUAUAUAUAUAUUUUUUUUUUUUACUGGUGGGUACAGGACACUAUAGUUAAUUUAUGUAAGAGAGGAUAGCAAAAUAAAGUAAACUGUGACAUAUUUUACCCAAAACUUUCUUCAUACAGUGGACUACCAGUAAAAUUGAUAAAAAUUUGGGACCAAAAAUUAUUCAGACACUUUGACCUGACCAUGUUUUGCUUAAGUGUUAUCUGAUCUUGUCAUAUUUUAUUACCAUUUUUUUAAACUAUAGUGAAUGAAUUGUAAUAAUGAAUGAAAUGUUCAAGGUGUCUGAAUAAAUUUUAGUUUGACUGUAUGUAACUUACAUUGCAUUCAAGGUACACAUUUUAUCAGUUCAUACAUUUCCUGAGAUUCUAAAUUAUGACAUUGCAGUUGCUAUCACCAUGUUCUACUGAUUAAGCUACAGUAAUGUAGUUUUUUCAGUUUUUACUCAACAUUUGUCUAUUUUUUGCAAAUUAAUGUAUAAAGCUGUUAGCUUAGCAACAUGCUAACUUUAAACUUAUAGAAAUCAAUUGUGAGUCGAGUCACACAGUGGCAACAAGGCAGGCAACUAUUUUUGGAGCAAAACGAAUCAAACAGAAAGAGGGAAAUGAAAAGGAGAGUGUCUAGAAUAGUGCUGCUUUGAUGCCCAGGUGAACUAAACAUGGAGGAUCUCACAGGUGGAUUAAUCUCUGUCAGCAAAAAUUUGAUUUUGUUUACUCUGAUAGACCUUCUGAUUGCAGAGAGAUUAAGAGAGUAAAAGAUCUUUUGCAGAGAGUAACAGAAUUAGUCAGUGAUCUUCCUGUUGUAGGAGGGUAAGGGAAGGCAUGGGAAAGCUGAAGGAGUAGGAGACAAGUUCAUCCUAUAACCUAAUCUUUCGUUCUAACCAGAGGAACAUCUUCUUUUUUUUUUUCUUUUAGCGAUUUGCAGCACUAGUGUGAAACCUGAGGUGGCCUUACAAAUGCCAAUUUGAGCUUGUUUAUGAGAAUGUCUGUCAUUAUUUAUUGUGCAGUGAGCGUGUGGUUGGGGAAGGAUCUACCAUAUGGAUGCAGGUGGGGCAUCUGUCAGUGCUUGUAAUGCAUCUAUGUGAAAUAUGACCGCUGCAGUGGUGCAUUGUGGUAACCUGACCCGUGGUGUCGGCCGCUUCCGAGAGAUUCUCCGAGCCGUUGAGACCAGAACCACUCAGAACCUACGUAUGACUAUUGCCAGGCAGCUUGCAGAGAUCCUUCUGAGGGGCAUGUGUGAACAGAGUUACUGGAACCCACUGGAAGACCCCCCCCACCAUUCCCCACUGGAUGAUCCUCUCAGACACACCCCGCACACAAAGGACUACGCCCUCAGCCGCCGCCCACGCAUCUACUCAGGAGAGAAUUUGUUUUGUCCGCAGGAGAACACAGAGGAGGCCUUACUUCUGUUGUUAAUCAGUGAGUCCAUGGCUAACAGAGACGCCGUAUUGAGUCGAAUCCCUGAACACAAUAAUGACCGAAUCAUCAGCCUCCAGAGCGCCUCACUGGUGUACGACCUGCUGACCAUCGCGCUUGGCCGACGCGGACAGUAUGAGAUGCUCUCAGAGUGUCUCGAAAGAGCCAUGAAGUUUGCCUUUGAGGAGUUUCAUCUCUGGUUCCAGCUCGCUCUCUCCCUCAUGGCUGCUGGGAAGUCUGCUCGAGCAGUAAAAGUGCUGAAGGAGUGUAUGAGACUGAAGCCGGAUGAUCCCACCAUCCCUCUGCUGGCCGUCAAGCUGUGUAUUGGAAACCUGCACUGGCUGGAAGAAGGUGAGCGCUUCGCUAAAAUAGUGAUUGAUAUGGGUGAGAAGGCGGCUGAAUUCAGGGCCAAAGGCUAUCUAGCAAUUGGUCUUGUCUACAGUCUGAAAGCCACAGAUGCAUCUCUUCGAGGAAUGCAGGAAGAGUAUCAGAAAAAAGCACUGAGUGCUUUCCAGAGGGCACAGAGUCUGUCCCCCACUGAUCAUCUGGCUGUUUUCUACCUGGCACUGCAGCUGGCUGUAUCUCGACAGAUUCCAGAAGCUCUCGGUUAUGUACGCCAGGCGUUACAGCUGCAGGGCGAUGAUGUUCAUUCACUGCACCUGCUGGCCUUGCUGCUGUCAGCUCAGAAACACUACCACGAUGCUCUCAACAUCAUCGAGAUGGCCCUCAGCGAAUACCCUGAGAACUUCAUUCUUUUAUUCACAAAGGUGAAGUUGGAGACAUUGUGUCGAGGACCAGAGGAGGCAUUACUCUCCUGCAAACGCAUGCUGCAGAUUUGGAAAUCCUGUUACAACCUCACCAACCCCAGUGAUUCUGGGAGGGGGAGCAGUCUGUUAGACAGAGCUGUUGCUGACCGUCGCCAGCUGAACGCCAUGACACUACCUGACUUCAGUGAUCCAGAGACAGGCAACCUUCCAGAUGCUUUCUUUCAUGGUUUUGACUCAUUUAUUGGGGUUUGUUCCGUCCAUGCCACCUCUAUAGCAGCGUCACGGGUGGAACAGGCGCUGUCUGAGGUGGCCUCCUCCCUCCAGAGCAGUGCUCCAAAACAGGGACCCCUCCACCCUUGGAUGACCCUCGCCCAGAUCUGGCUGCAUGCAGCGGAGGUGUAUAUUGGAAUGGGAAAGGCGGCGGAGGCGACAGCGUGUACGCAGGAAGCAGCCAACCUGUUCCCCAUGUCCCAUAACGUGUUGUUUAUGAAGGGUCAGGUGGCAGAGCUGCGGGGGAAUGUGGACGAGGCCAAACGCUGGUACGAGGAGGCGCUGUCCAUCAGCCCCACCCACGUCAAGACCAUGCAGAGACUGGGUCUGAUAUUGCAUCAGCUACAGAGGUACAGUCUUGCGGAGAAGAUCUUGCGUGAUGCGGUGCAGGUGAACAGCACAGCACAUGACGUGUGGAACAGUCUGGGAGAGGUGCUGCAAGCCCAAGGCAAUGACGCCGCUGCGACCGAAUGCUUCCUUACUGCCCUGGAACUGGAGGCCAGCUGCCCCAUCUUACCUUUCACCAUCAUUCCCCGCACCCUCUAAGACACUCCGCGUGCUCACCACCAACAAAAACCUCUGUCCGAGAGUCGUGCAUGAACCACAGCCCUCAAUCACACACAAACGCCCAACCUGAAACUUCUCUUCUAUCCUGGAAUGCCUUUCCCACCCCUCUAAACUUUUUAUCUGUUCUCAGAUGUGGAUCUGCAGAAAAAGAACUCCAAUUGACACAGUUGUCAGUGUGAACUUUUCUAGACUGCUUCACACUCUUGGCUUUUUUCUCCUCCCCUCUUUCUUCCUUCUUUCUCUGCUAGAAUGUCCUCCUGCUUCUGUACAUCGUAGUGGUGCCGCCCAUCUUAAAACCCCACUCCCUUCAGCACUCUGUUUGGUCAGUUUCACUCCACUGUAUGACUGGACCAAAGAGAAACCUGUACAAGCUGUUGUCACAGUGAAGCGGGUGAUUGAUGCAGCGGUUUCAUCAAACCACAGUGCUUCCUUUUUGCCCCGAAACAUGUCCAGAAACAUACAAUCUCGAGAUUCUAGUAGCUGUGUGUCAUACGAACCAGUAAUAACACUGAUGCAGAGACGGUCAAAAGUGUCUAUAUGUGUGCUGUGUGUUUGUGCAGAGUUAAAAUGACGGUCAGAGUGUGUGUGUCCUUUAUAUGUGUUAUUAUCCAGAAUAUGUGGCGUGUGCGUGUGUUUAUUUUGAAUGGAAUACGACGUUACAGUGGAUCCCUGUUACACACAUGCGUAAUAAAGAUUGUGUUUCCAUGCUGUUGUUCCUGAGGGCAGGGGUGUCACCCUUGUUAUGACUCCUAGAGAAACAUUACAUCCCCCUCUGAUCAAACACUGUAUUGUUUAUAUACUGUAUGUACAAAAGAAUCACCUAGAGUAAAUGGAACAGAUGCCAAAAGAACAACUAUUCUAAAAACAAAUAUUUUAUCUUGGUUCUCAUUAAAGGAGAAGAUAAAUCUAGUUUUGGACAUUUCGUUUUGUUCGUUGGUUUGUUUUUCCACAUUUAUCCUAAUUCAGAGGUCAAGAUUUAUAUUGUUGAUUUAUCAGAGACGUGUUAUAAUAGAUGUUUAUUUAUCUGUGUCCCAGUGGCCACGUGUUAGAUGGGUGAAGGGUGUGUGUGUGUGUGUGUGUGUGUGUGUGUGUGUGUGUGUGUGUGUGUGUGUGUGUGUGUGUGUGUGUGUGUGUGUGUGUGUGUGUGUAUGUGUGUGUUCCUGAGAAACCAACAUGAGGUGUGUUGGACUGUUACGGACAGACACGUUGAACUCUCAGAUAUGCAAACUAUCUUCAUAAUGGUCAAAGUGAUUACACCCAUGUAAGAGAGAAAGUGGAAGAUUGUAUGUGUGUACUUGAAGUCUUAGCAGUGUCAAUCACAGGGCCAAACACACAACUGGAAAAGCUGUUUUAUGAUGUCAAUAAAUGAUAAAUUGUGAAAA